AUGUCGUCCUCGUCCUCCUCGCCGCCUCCCUUCCAGUCCGCCCUCCUCGCCGGCGCCCUCGCCGGCACCACCGUCGACCUCUCCCUCUUCCCGCUCGACACCCUCAAGACCCGCCUCCAGUCCUCGGCCGGCUUCUUCCCCUCGGGCGGCUUCUCCGGCAUAUACCGCGGCAUCGGCUCCGCGCUCGUCGGCUCCGCCCCCGGCGCCGCCUUCUUCUUCUGCACGUACGAGGCCACAAAGGGCCUGCUGGGCUCCUCCGGCGGCGGCGGCGCGAAUGGCGACCGCGGCGCUGCCCUGCUGCCCGACGCGGCGACGCACAUGGUCGCAGCCAGCCUCGGCGAGGUGGCCGCCUGCGCCGUCCGCGUGCCCACCGAGGUCGUCAAGCAGCGCGCCCAGGCGGGCCUGCACGGCGGCUCCUCUGCCGCCGCUCUGCGCGCCAUUCUCGGUCGGUACCCGACGCAUGGGCUGGGCGCCGUCUGGCGCGAGAUGUACCGCGGCUGGGGCAUCACGGUGUUCCGCGAGGUGCCCUUUACUGUCAUCCAGUUCCCGCUGUGGGAGGCCAUGAAGGCCUGGCGCCGGCGCCGGCGCGGCGACGGCGGAGGGGACGUGUCGGGCGUGGAGAGCGCGGUGUUCGGCAGCGUGGCCGGCGCCAUUGCCGCCGCCACGACCACCCCCCUCGACGUCCUCAAGACGAGGGUCAUGCUGUCCAAGGAGCGCGUCUCGGUCGGCGAGGUCUUCCGCCGCAUGGCCCGCGAGGAGGGCGUGCGGCCCUUCUUCGCGGGCGUCGCGCCGCGCGUCACUUGGAUAUCCAUCGGCGGCGCCAUCUUCCUCGGAAGCUACCAGUGGGCCAUCAACACGAUGCGGACAAUGGCGUGA